CAGCGGGUGUUGCAGACCUCGGCUCCUGGAGCUGUAGCAAGGAUCCCUGCUCAGGGAGCUGUCCUGCUCACAUUGAGGUGCAUCUUCCUGUAACAACCAGGAGAACAAGUUCUGGUGUCCACUAGUUCAAGAAAUCCUGUGUUGAAGCAUAAUGCCACUACAUGAGCCAGAGAAAGGAAGAGCGCCAUCAGGCCUGAUUGUUGGUAGUGACAUGGAGGACGGGGCUGGCCUUUCAAUCAGCCAGCGGUUCUUACCAGUCGCUGCAUAGUUUGAAUAGAAGUUAUGCAUAUUGGCUGGCCAGCAAAGCCAAGGAACAAAAGCUAUGGCAGUUAAACCGGUCCCUCUGGGUCCAGGGCUCGUUCCCUGGAUUUUAGCACCAUGGUUUUCUUCCUUUUCAUCCCAUCAGCAAUGCGGUACAUUCUUCUAUUUGACAACAGCCGAUACUUUGGAUUUGCCUGACUAGGGUUAGAGACCUGAAUCACAGCGAGGACAAUGAAAUUUCCAUUUUAUUUGGUGCCUUGUGCAGGGAGCACACUGAUUCUUCCAGAAACUUGUGUGUGAAAGAGAGGUUGAGUUUUGUCAAACAGACUCGUGGUUAUGGCGAGUGACCCGACGUGAUCAGAGCAGGCGAGAGCCACAGUGAACUCAUGACAGGCUAUACCAUGUUGCGGAAUGGGGGAGUGGGGAACGGCGGUCAGACCUGUAUGCUGCGCUGGUCCAACCGCAUCCGGCUGACAUGGCUGAGUUUUACACUGUUCGUCAUCCUGGUCUUCUUCCCCCUCAUUGCUCACUAUUACCUCACCACUCUGGAUGAGGCGGAUGAGGCCGGCAAACGCAUCUUCGGCCCUCGGGCUGGCAACGAACUCUGUGAGGUAAAGCACGUCCUGGAUCUUUGUCGGAUCCGUGAGUCUGUGAGCGAAGAGCUUCUCCAGCUGGAAGCCAAGCGGCAGGAGCUGAACAGCGAGAUUGCCAAGCUCAACCUCAAGAUCGAAGCCUGUAAGAAGAGCAUAGAGAACGCCAAGCAGGACCUGCUGCAGCUCAAGAACGUCAUCAGCCAGACGGAGCACUCCUACAAGGAGCUGAUGGCCCAGAACCAGCCCAAGCUGUCCCUGCCCAUCCGACUGCUCCCUGACAAGGACGAUGCUGGCCUGCCACCGCCCAAGGUCACGCGGGGCUGCCGGCUGCACAACUGCUUUGAUUACUCUCGUUGUCCUCUGACGUCUGGCUUUCCCGUUUAUGUCUAUGACAGUGACCAGUUCGCCUUUGGGAGCUACCUUGACCCUUUGGUCAAGCAGGCUUUUCAGGCUACAGUGAGAGCCAAUGUUUAUGUUACAGAAAAUGCAGCCAUCGCCUGCCUGUAUGUGGUGUUAGUGGGAGAAAUGCAAGAGCCCCCUGUGCUGCAGCCUGCCGACCUUGAAAAGCAGCUGUUUUCUCUGCCACACUGGAGGACAGAUGGACACAACCAUGUCAUCAUCAACCUGUCCCGGAAGUCAAACACACAGAAUUUACUGUACAAUGUCAGUACAGGCCGGGCCAUGGUGGCCCAGUCCACCUUCUAUGCUGCCCAGUACAGAGCUGGCUUUGACUUGGUCGUGUCACCACUUGUCCAUGCCAUGUCCGAACCCAACUUCAUGGAAAUCCCGCCUCAGGUGCCAGUUAAGCGGAAAUAUCUCUUCACUUUCCAGGGCGAGAAGAUCGAGUCUCUGAGAUCGAGCCUGCAGGAGGCCCGUUCCUUUGAGGAGGAAAUGGAGGGCGACCCUCCGGCCGACUAUGAUGACCGGAUCAUUGCCACCCUAAAGGCCGUACAGGACAGCAAGCUAGAUCAGGUGCUGGUAGAAUUCACUUGCAAAAACCAGCCGAAGCCCAGCCUGCCAACCGAGUGGGCGUUGUGUGGGGAGCGGGAAGACCGUCUGGAGCUCCUCAAGCUCUCCACCUUCGCCCUCAUCAUCACUCCCGGGGACCCACGCCUGCUCAUUUCAGCUGGGUGUGCGACACGGCUCUUUGAAGCCCUGGAGGUGGGAGCUGUGCCGGUGGUCCUCGGGGAGCAGGUGCAGCUCCCGUACCAUGACAUGCUGCAGUGGAAUGAGGCUGCCCUGGUGGUGCCCAAGCCUCGGGUCACAGAGGUCCACUUCCUGUUACGAAGUCUUUCAGACAGCGAUCUGUUGGCUAUGAGGCGGCAAGGCCGCUUUUUCUGGGAGACCUACUUCUCCACCUCUGACAGUAUUUUUAAUACCGUGCUAGCCAUGAUUAGGACUCGAAUUCAGAUCCCAGCUGCUCCCAUCCGGGAAGAGGUAGCAGCUGAGAUCCCCCAUCGUUCAGGAAAAGCAGCUGGAACUGACCCCAACAUGGCUGACAAUGGGGACCUGGACCUGGGGCCGGUAGAGACAGAACCACCCUAUGCCUCACCUAAAUACCUCCGCAAUUUCACUCUGACUGUCACGGACUGUUACCGUGGCUGGAACUCUGCACCCGGACCCUUCCAUCUUUUCCCACACACACCUUUUGAUCCUGUGUUGCCCUCUGAGGCCAAAUUCCUGGGCUCAGGGACUGGAUUUCGGCCCAUCGGUGGCGGGGCUGGGGGCUCUGGCAAGGAGUUCCAGGCAGCGCUCGGAGGCAAUGUCCAGCGGGAGCAGUUCACAGUUGUGAUGCUGACCUAUGAGCGGGAGGAAGUGCUCAUGAACUCCCUGGAGAGACUCAAUGGCCUCCCCUACCUGAACAAGGUAGUGGUGGUGUGGAACUCUCCCAAGCUGCCCUCGGAGGACCUUUUGUGGCCAGACAUUGGUGUCCCCAUCAUGGUUGUCCGUACUGAGAAGAACAGUUUGAACAAUCGGUUCUUGCCCUGGAAUGAGAUUGAGACAGAGGCCAUUCUGUCCAUCGAUGACGAUGCUCACCUCCGCCAUGAUGAAAUCAUGUUUGGGUUUCGGGUGUGGAGAGAGGCACGCGAUCGCAUUGUGGGCUUCCCUGGCCGGUACCAUGCCUGGGACAUUCCUCACCAGUCCUGGCUCUACAACUCCAACUACUCCUGUGAGCUGUCCAUGGUGCUGACGGGCGCUGCCUUCUUUCACAAGUAUUAUGCCUACCUGUAUUCUUAUGUGAUGCCCCAGGCCAUCCGAGACAUGGUGGACGAGUACAUCAACUGUGAGGAUAUCGCCAUGAACUUCCUUGUCUCCCACAUCACACGGAAGCCCCCCAUCAAGGUGACGUCGAGGUGGACUUUCCGAUGCCCAGGGUGCCCUCAGGCCCUGUCCCACGAUGACUCUCACUUUCACGAGCGGCACAAGUGUAUAAACUUCUUUGUCAAGGUGUACGGCUAUAUGCCUCUCUUGUACACACAGUUUAGGGUGGACUCUGUGCUCUUCAAGACCCGCCUGCCCCACGACAAGACCAAGUGCUUCAAGUUCAUCUAGGGCCUUGCCAGUUCUGAGGAGACUGUGAGCAGAGUGAGGGGAGUCACCCCCCAAGGUUCCCAAGGUGUCGAAGGUCCUUGGGGACAUCUGUGGGGCAGGGCCAAGACCCUUUGCUGGGAGAGGCAGCAGGAAGAGUGGAAAGGGAUGGCUGUCUUUUCUUUUGAAGUCAGCCACACUGGGCCUGGAGUCCUGGUCAGCAGACUCCGGGCGUCUGCACAGGGCGCUGACUGAUGGCGACACAAGCCCGGGACAGCUGGUUUGUGGUUUUUAAAUUCAGUAACAGCUAUUAUUAUUUAAAGAGAGAAUUUCACAUCUGCCAUUCAAGGCUUAUUUAUAUGUGUGCGUAUAUGUACACAUAUAUGUGUAUAUACGUAUAUAUGCACACAAACACAUGCAUACAUACAUACUUUAUAUAUAUAUAUAUUGGUGGGUCGGGGUGCACCUGAAAUUUCUGCCAAUCUCUCCAAGGGAGGGUCCUACCCAGCUGGGUAUUUAGUGGAGAGGGUCCUGGCCCUGCGUUACCUAGACAGUCAUUUGUGACCCCACCCUGCCAGGGACACUGGCUGCAGAAAUAAGCAGGAUGGACCUGGCCGAGGCAGGGUCUCCUGACCUCUUCUGGCCCCUCUCUGAUGUCUCAGUGCUGCUACCACAGCUUCUCCUGCUGGGGGCUGCGCAGUGGGGACACCUCGCCCCAGGUGCUUUGAAGGGCUGGACCCAGGCCGGCUCACAGGCCGGGCUCUCCAUUCUUUCUUCAGUUUGAGAGAGAAGGAGGCGGCCAACAGUGAGGUAGAGAUGAGACCUGUACCUAGCCCACCCCCAGGGUGACACUGGUGCAGGGUGCUGGUGGCCGGUCCGUAGUACCUGUUCCUCUCUGAAGAGACAACAGGAACUUAGCAGGCUGGCCGGGAGCUCGGCUGGUGUAGAACCAGCCUGUGUCCUCCGAGGACUCCAUAGUCUUACUGCAAGGCAUGUGCCUUGGAAGGACCACCUAGGGGAAACUCACCUUCCCUCUCGUGUCUGGAUGUCCAUCCUGUACCCCUGAUGCCGUGUUGGCUGUAGGAAGCCCUGCCUUCAAAGUCUGGGGUGUGCUAGAACCCGGAGGCUGUGAUUUGCUAGGUGAGUCCCAGUCAGUCGCGGACGAUAACAGGCAUUCACCCCACAUUAUCACUUUCCAUGUCCUGUUGAUGGUUCUCUUCCCAGGACUGAAAGCGAAAUAAACUAACUGGGGUACAGUGGUAGUGGGACACUCAUGUCAGGGACAGCCUGUGACUUGUCUCCCCAGCCCAGCAGCCGAAGCAGAGCUCAGUUCGCCCUGGUCGUGCACCUGCCUUAAGCCAGUUCCGUCUUCCUAGGCCCUGACGUGUGCUGCUGCUUGGGGUCGUCUCUGCCUGCUGUCCUGACUUCUCUCUAGGUCCUUCCUGCCCCGGACCCCUCAGGCCAGCAGGACCAGCAGGACCAGGCUUCUGCAGGACCUCCACUGGGUCUUCUGGAACCUGGCACCAAGGGGCCGGCAGCCUGGGACAUUUGGUUCUUGACAACUCAGCGAAAGGGUGGAGCCUUUCCCCAGCCUUCGGUCCUCUCACCAGCCCUGCAGCAGUAGCCCUCUUCCCUCAGGGGAGCCAAAGAGUGUGGUGGUUUGCGCUAAAUAUGUGGCUGCUAUUUUAUCUUUUUUUUUUCUCCUUUCCCAGUAUUGGGGAUGGAAGCCAGAGCCGUGGGUGGACAUCCCGACAAUCGCUCUGCCCUGAGCCCCAUCCCUGUCGUCUUGUUUCUCUUCACUGAAAGGUUGUAAAUGGUGCUGUGGUGCCCGAUAAGGAAGUCAGUCUCUGUGGUAGGACCUCCUUUGUGGGUCACUUAUGGGUAUCCCUGAAAUGUGUUUGGGGGAUAGUGAUGUCAGAGUGUCCUAUGGUAUAGUACCUCUGGGCCCGGUGGGAACACUAACUUAAUGACCCCAGCAGCAAGCAUGGACAGUGGCUGUGUUGAGGGACUCUGUCAGAGGCAAGAGGCAGAGACAAAGCAGUUGGACCCUGCUUGUGAUUUGGGUUUUGGGCUUAGGGGACAGCUUGGAAAUGAUUGUGCCACUACAAUAAGGGGAACCUGCCUGGUGUGUGAUGUUGUUCACCAUGGGUGACUUCCUAGUGCACAUUCCUAACAUAGGUCACACUCAGCUACCUGGUCCCAGCUCCCAGGGCCACGACAGCUUUGUUUUCCAGUUGCUCUUUAUCUUGAGGUCAAGGGCCACCCACAGAGUGACAGUCCCCCGGGGUGCCUCAGGCCAGUGGGCCACCUAAAAUGCUCCUGUUUGGGGUGGCCUUGUUAGUGAACACAGAGCUGGAGGGUGGGGCCGCCUGGGGUGGCCCUGAUAACAGAACUUGUCCAUCUGUCUGCCCCUUUCAAACCAUGAGCACAAAGGUCUUACGUUGGAUUUUUGUAAAAAAAACAAAAACAAAAACAAAAUAAAUGGAGACUUUAACUCA